AUGAGCAAGGAGGAGCGUACUUUCAUCAUGGUGAAGCCUGAUGGCGUUGCCCGGGGCCUAGUUGGAGAAGUGAUCAAACGAUUCGAGCAACGUGGUUAUAAACUUGUAGGCUUGAAAAUGAUGCACGCCUCGAAGGAGUUGCUGCAUAAACAUUACGAGGCCCACGUUAACAAACCGUUCUUCCCCGGUCUCGCUCAAUACAUGUCCUCCGGACCCGUGGUACCGAUGGUAUUCGAAGGGUAUAAGGCUGUCGACUGUGGCCGCUCAAUGCUGGGUGCUACGAAACCAGAGGAGUCCACUCCUGGCUCACUUCGUGGUGAUUUCUGUCAAAUGGUCGGCCGCAAUAUGGUGCAUGGAUCGGACUCCGUAGAAAGCGCUGUACGGGAAAUCAAUUUGUGGUUCAAACCAGAGGAGCUGUGCAAAUAUGAUCAAACGAUGAAAGGCUGGAUUCACGAAUAA